UAAAUGCAUGAAGCUACCAAAUGACAAACGGCUAUUAGGCCGCAAAUAAAAGUGAGUGGCAGCGGGACUGCACCACACCACUUUUUACACCGCUGUUUGACAGCGCCUUCAUGAUCUCCACCCACUUAACGUCACAUGUCUGCAGCUUAGCUGUCAAAGAAAAUCCCCCCCUGCGUUUCACUUCGGUGGGUUUCAGACGCGGAGCAAACUCGCAAUUACGGCAGCCCGUGAAGGCAGCAUUGGAGCCUGCAACUCAGUGAGGUGGAAAACAUACCAUAACAUUAUUUAGCCUCUAUUCCUUUAGGGCGGCGUGUCGGAUUUCCCUCGCUAGUUCGAGAAGAUAGUUUUUAUUUUUAUUUUUUUUUUUUUACACAUGCAUUUUUAACCCGGCUGUGGCAGACCCAGUGUCACGCAUGGCUCCACGGGCGGUCCGCGUCCUGCUCGCGCUGUCCGUCGUCCUGCUCGCGCGCUCCUGCUGCGCCUAUACCUGUCCGGCCAUCUGCCGCUGCAGCGCCGACACCUUCGAGUGCAGCAGAGACACCCAGCUGGCCCCGGGAGCAGCAGCAGCACCCUCCGUGCCUCGACUAAGACUCGCUCAUCUGCCGCUGAAGGAAGUCCCCACUCACGCCUUCAAGGAGCUGAUGAACGUCACGGUCAUUGAGGUCUCCCAGAGCGACUGCAUCGCCCGGAUCCGCAGGCACGCCUUCCUGUCGCUGCCCGGCCUGGCUGAAGUUUCAGUGCAGAACAUCAACAGUUUGAGGAUUAUUGAGAAAGGCGCCUUCACGGACCUGCCCAGACUCCGAUAUCUGAGCAUUUCCAACACAGGGAUCACUCACUUCCCAGACUUCACCACCGUCUCCUCCCUGGCACCGAACAUUAUCCUGGAAAUGGCCGACAACACCAGGAUCGGCUGCAUCCCAGCCAACUGCUUUCCGGGGAUGACCAGGGAGUACGUGGACAUGAACCUGGUCAGAAACGGCUUCAAGGAAAUUCAAUCGCACGCGUUCAAUGGCACCAAGCUCAACACAGUAAUUCUGAGGGACAACGCGUAUCUGAGCCACAUUCAGGAAAAAGCCUUUGAAGGAGCCACGGGUCCAAGUUCUCUGGACGUCUCGUCCACGCCCCUGAGCUCGCUUCCUCCCACGGGCCUGAGGCAGCUGAGGUUCCUAAAGGCCAGCGGCGCCUUCGCCCUGAAGAGGCUCCCGCCGCUGGACGGGCUGCCCGAGCUGCUGGAGGCCGAGCUCACGUACCCCAGCCACUGCUGCGCCUUCCACUCGUGGCGUCGGAGGCAGAGAGAGAGUGCCUUAAAAAACUUCACAAAGUUUUGUGACCUCAGCCAAACAGAAAUAGAACCCACCGCAGAUGACGUGAACCUUCUGAACGACAUCAACUUUCAGUAUCCGGACCUGGAGUUUGACUGUCUGAACAGCCCUUUCGUGAAGUGCAGCCCGAAGCCGGACGCCUUCAACCCGUGCGAGGACCUGCUGGGCUUCCCCGUCCUGCGCGCUCUCACCUGGAUCAUCACGGUCUUCGCCGUGGCCGGCAACCUGGCGGUGCUCGCCGUCCUGUUCAUUAGCCACCACAAGCUCACCGUCUCCAGGUUCCUCAUGUGCAACCUGGCCUUCGCCGACCUGUGCAUGGGCGUCUACCUGAUGCUCAUCGCCCUCCGGGACUUCCUCUCCCGCCAGGAGUACUACAACCACGCCACCGACUGGCAGACGGGGCCCGGCUGCGGCGCCGCCGGCUUCCUGACCGUCUUCGCCAGCGAGCUGUCCGUCUACACGCUGACCGUCAUCAGCCUGGAGCGGUGGCACACCAUCACCAACGCCAUGCACGUCAACAAGCGCCUGCGGAUGCACCACGUGGCGGCCAUGAUGGCCGCCGGCUGGGGCUUCUCCCUGCUGGUGGCGCUGCUCCCCCUGGUGGGCGUCAGCAGCUACAGCAAGGUGAGCAUCUGCCUGCCCAUGGACAUCGACGCGCCGCCGGCCCAGGUGUACGUGGUGGCGGUGCUGGUCGCCAACGUGGCCGCUUUCCUCGUGGUCUGCUACUGCUACGUCUGCAUAUACCUGAGCGUCCACAACCCGGAGAACUCGGCGCACCGCGGCGACACCACGCUCGCCAAGCGCAUGGCCGUGCUCAUCUUCACCGACUUCCUGUGCAUGGCGCCCAUCUCCUUCUUCGCCAUCUCCGCGGCGCUGCGCAUGCCCCUCAUCACCGUGUCCCACUCCAAGAUCCUGCUCAUCCUCUUCUACCCCAUCAACUCGCUCUGCAACCCCUUCCUCUACACCAUCUUCACCCGGGCCUUCCGCAAGGACGUGUGCCGGCUGCUGAGCCGCGGCGGCUGCUGCCACCGCGCCAACGCCGACUUCUGCAGGUCGCAGACGCUGGCCUCGCACCUGGCGUGCUCCCAGAAGCCGCCCAGCAGGAAGCCGCACUCGCUCAGCUUCUACGCCUAUCACAUCAAGAAGGGCUGCUUCCUGAACAAGGGAACCACAUGACGAGCCGCACGCAGAGUCACGGCACGGACCUAAAGGCGGCGGCUCGUUGACGGGUGGGUACGUUUCAGGCCAGCAGGAAGACAUUUUCAAUCUUGUAUGUGGCGGGCGGGCGUCCGUCGGGGCCGAGAGAGCUCAAAUUGAGGAGGAUUGGUGAUGGAGCCCUUCUUUCUGCACAGAGAUGCAGUUAAACGCAGCAACAAUAAGAGAAGCCCAACAACGGCCACUUGGAUUGCUGGAAAACCACGUGUGCCACUCAGACACAUUUUUUCAGUAGUGGAAACUAUUACUGUCAGUAAGUAGAAGGAAGGACUGUAAAUGUGAAAUGGACGUUCUUUUAGCCCACCAGACCUCAAAGAGCUUGAGCAUUAGUGCCAUCUAUUGGUUUGUUGUGCUCAGGAAACUAGCAGACAGCCUGUGGAUUGUUUGCCCAGUGGAGCUGUUGCAAAUACUCUGGAUUUAUGCUACAAGACAUUAGACGUGAAUGUGUAGACAAACACUUGUACCGCCUUUGUAUCACAGCAGAUUGUUGUGAGAGAAACCUGCACAUGGCGGUGGUCGUGUGCUUGGGAGUUUUCACAUUAUAGGUAUUUGAUUUUACACAGCUACACUGUUUAUUAAUAAUUUGAGCCAGUUGUUUCAAACCUCAUUUACUUGUGACCAUUUGUUUUUCAGAGCAACAUUACAAAAGGUCAUUACUGCAACCAUAAAAGAAAUAAACAUU